AUGGCGAAGGGAGUUGGAGCAGUCGCCGCUUCCUGUGGGGGUGGCAACAGCAAAACGACGACGGCGGGCAGCGGUAGCAAGUGCGGCAGGUGGAAUCCGACAGCGGAGCAGGUGAAGGUGUUAACGGAGCUGUUCCGGGCGGGACUGAGAACGCCGAGCACGGAGCAGAUCCAAAGGAUCUCCUCUCACCUUAGCACCUUCGGUAAGAUCGAGAGCAAAAACGUGUUCUACUGGUUCCAGAACCACAAGGCCCGCGAGCGACUGCACCACAAGAAACGCCGCCGCGAACCUCCGCAUCUCCCUCUCGGCCACCACCACUAUUUUCCCGACUGCGCCGAGAUCUUCCCCACUCUGCCUCCUGAUCAAAGCUUCCGGAGAGAUGCUGUCUAUAGCCGUAUCAGUAUCGGUAUCUCUCUCUCUCUCUCUCUCUCUCUCUCUCUCUCUCUCUGUGUGAUCGUGAGUGGAUCGUGAAGUGGUAUCUGUUUUCAUCCGUGAAGCUUUUUCUGAGGGCGGGAACAUGGACGAUAGGGAGAGGGAGACGCUGGAGCUGUUCCCGCUGAGCUCGCACGAGGCGCCCCCCAGGGUAGUGAGGGCCGACCAUAGAGAUGAGCUUCUCCUGUUCUCGACAGGGAGAGACUGUCCCCCGUUGGAUCUCCGGCUGAGCACGCUAUGA